AUGAGGGUCCAAAGCAUCGCUCUCUUCCUCGGUCUAUGCACCGCAGCCUUCGCAGUCCCUCAUAAGCCCCAGAACAAAAGAGGUAUGUGGAAGAACUGGCAAGAGUCAUCAAUUACUACUGUAACGCCGACGCCGACGCCCACACCCCGGCCGACUCCCAGGCCGACGCCCACUACACCUCCGGGCGACGACGAUGAUUCUGGGGAGUUUCCCUUCCCAUGGCCCACCGAGUGGCCACCAAUCUUCGAUGGCUUCCCGGAAAUCGGGGGCAAUGACGAUUCAAGCUCCGACAAUGUGCCUGAUGCCAAUGAUAAAUCUAUGUCUGGGACUCCAGACGUCAAGGGCGACGAGCGUCCUUCGAAGAGCUCGAAGUAG